AUGGUCGAACCGAUAUCGGACCGCCUGCAGCGCCUCGACCUCUCGGACCCCAAGGCGUCGCUCGCCGAGGGCGCGGAGGGCACGCCCGGAACGCCCGGCACCCCGGCGAGCGGCAGCGGCUCAGUGACGCCGAGCGAGAUCGAUACGAGCGAGCUCAACUCGCGCUCAGUGUCUGGUGCGCCUACGCCUGCGCCAGCAGGAGCAGUGCCGGACGAUGAGCUUGAGCGUUUCCGGCGGGAAUGGAAGGAGGAGGUCGCUGCCAAGCGACCUGGUGCCGUCGACGUCGGGCCGGUCAAGUGGACGACUGCGCCGGCUGCGUCAGGAGAUGCCGCCGACAAGGGCAAGGGCAAGGCGCUUGUCUCCUCUGUCGAGCCCGAGGCGCCAGCCCCGACGUCACCGGUCAAGCUCACGCGCGUGAUCUCUCCGGAACAGGCCCGAUCGCCUGAACGUCGUCCCGCGCCCGUCUCGCCGAAGAAGGUCACCGGCAUCGGUCUUCCUGCCCGUUUGGUCGGGCAGGGUCUGGAGGCUACACCAGCACCGGCCUCAACGUCAGGGGCUAAGAUCCCCUUCCGUGCUCCGCGGGUGCGGCGCAACCCCCUCGCCGCCGUGGAGGUGUACACGCAAGCGGUCGAGGCGGAGCAGCAGGGACGCCUGAACGACGCGCUGAAGCUGUACCGACAAGCGUUCAAGAUGGACGACGGCGUCGACCGGGCAUACCAGCGGGAAGCGCGAGCGCGAGCCGAAGUCGAGGCAAACACGGCCGCAGCGGCCGAAGAGGAGGGAGCGACGAGCGCGGACAUUGUGGACCCCCGCGGACCGAGUGAGCGGGAAUACCAGUUUACGAGACACAUCCAGCUCGAGGCGGACUAUGCCCGGCCGCUGGCGCCUACCUCGCGACUCACGGCGCUGAUUGACAAGUACGCUCAUGUCAAGGGAGUCAACCCCGCGACGGGGGAGGAGUGGGAGCACUCUCGUCUCGAGGAGUUUGCACCCCUCGACGCCGAGUUGCCGUUACCUAUCGCCAACCUGCCGGCCGAGAUCCUGGACCGCAUCUUCCGACACCUGGACGUCGGCGCCGUUGAGCGCUUCGGGAGCACAUGUUGGCGCGCGAGGCUCUUAACAGAGCACACGAGCCUGUGGCACCACCUCGUCAAGGCGGUGUACCGGCCGCCGAUGCUGCGCGACGUCUCCGUCCCGCAGCUGAUCCACAAGCACCGCGGCGAGUGGCGCUCCGUGUUCGUCGAGGAGGAGCGCCUGCGCAUGGACGGCGUCUACAUCGCCGUGUGCCACUACAUCCGCCCCGGUGCGGUCACGUACCACCGCUUCCUCCGUUUCUACCCCAACGGCACCGUGCUGUCGUUCCUCACGACUGAUCAUCCGUCCGACGUCGUGCCGAUGCUCAAGCCGAGUCUCCGCGCCAAGGGAUUGCAUAUUGGCCGCUGGCGCCUGGUCCGCAUGGAUGAGGACGAGGAUGAGCCGGAGACAGCGGCACCUUCCAGCCCUACGAAGGCGACGACCAACGGCCGUACGAGCCCCGUUAAACCCACUGGCCCAACCAAAACUACGCAUAACCAGCCGCAGAAGAAGAGGAAGCAUCCCAAGGUCGUCAUCACCGAACUUCUCGAGCCCGGAGAGAACACGCCCAAGUAUGAGUUCGAGAUGGAACUCACCCUCAAGGAGACGCAGCGCGGCCGGUGGAACAAGCUCGACCUCGACCAUUACGCCAGCAUCAACCUCGCUACUGGGGAGGCGCUGGGCCUUAGCUUAAAGCAUCAAAAGCCAUUCUACUUUUCCAAGGUCCGAUCAUAUCAUCCUGCACUUUAA